AUGCGUGCAGCACGUGCAUCUGCAGCAAAGCAUCACGCCAUCGAGAAGACACGCAUUCACAGCACCGAGGCCACUACAAGCUCCUUCGCACUAAAGGAGAAAGGCAUCUUCACAGACACUUCCCGUGCCAUGGUGCGCAAUAUGGUUGCCACCCUAGAUGUACCUAUACGGAGUGUUAAUGCCACCAUUAAUGCCGUGGCGGAGGCACUCGGUGUUGAGAUCACUGGUUCUGUUAGUGGACACAGCAUCCGUCGAAUAGUGGCUGAGGGAGGAGUGGCUGCCGAGGCUCAACUUGUUGACGAGAUGAACAUUGCAAAAGGAGUAACUUUGAGUGGAGAUGCAACCUCACAUAAAAACAUCAAUUAUCAGAGCCAUCACGUCACUUACUCGUUGCCAGAUGGUCAUGCUGCAACUCGGUUCGCUGGUAUCCUGCACGAGGUGAACCACAAGAGUGAAACACAGCUUCAGGGGUGGAAGUCACGUAUCGAGGACAUGUAUGACACCUACAAUGAUGUCGUUGGGGGUACAGCAGGCGCUCUGGAUGUCCGCGACUUCCCUUCCAAAGUGAAGGGGAUGCUUACCGAUCAUGCGGAAGAUCAGAAAAAGCUCGUUCGGCUCUUUACUGAAUGGAAACGAUCGUGUGAGCGAGAAGUUCGAGGGGAGAGGGCCCUUGCCACCUUACCUCCAGAUGAUGUCAUACACCUCCUUUGGGAAAUGACAGAAUCCCUCGUAAAUGAAGCGGGUGGGAUAGAUGGGUGGGAUAGGCUUGGCGUUGAUGAACAACAGAGGUGCUACUCCAAUGCGCAUCACAACCUGCUCGCACAACUUGGACAGGAGCAAUUUGAUUCACUUCCACAGUCCGAAAAGGAUGACAUCGACUUCUUCGUGUGGGCUGGCUGUUGCAUGCACAAAGAACUUAACGCUGCCAAAGGGGGAAAUUCUCGUAUGCGUGCCUGGUGGAUAGACAAUAGUGUCGAGGGUCCGGUUUUAUUGAUGAACAAGGACAACGUUGCAGCAUCUUCUGCAGGCUCGUCAACUGCCAAACAACGUGCUAUCCAGGUUUCGACAGGAGGUGCACAAAAAGUCCUGGAACUUGCGGGUGCAGUCUUCCGGCACAAAGACGACAAGAAGGGACAACAGGAUUCACUGCGCUAUUAUUUCGAGGUUGAACUUGGCUACAGAAUCCAAUGGCCAGACACAAGCAACACACGGUAUCAUAGCCACGGUGAUGCUGCUUGUGAGUAUCUCGUAAACGACACACUUUACCUCACAUUCCUCGAACUCGUCCCCCUGAAAAAAGAAAGCCGCACAUCCACCAAUAUCGAGUACAAUGUCUACCGGGGAUUCACAUGCCUCAAAACCAAGCAGGAGAUGAUGUCUUGGGCAACAUAUAAUCAAUGUAUUACCCACCCGUACCUGCGUACAAUUCGGAACUCGACAGCCAACAUCCUAGACCUUGGACCAAUUCACAUGAAGGUCAUCUCGCACCUUAAUCACAUCGUCAAUGAUAUUAAUCUAAUUCUGGCACCCGACGCUACUUACGAGACAUUGACACUCGACGGCAAGCCUUUCGAGCGGCCUGAAGCAUUUUAUGCUAUUCAACGUCUUGCACUGGAUCGCAAAACAUAUCCUCACUUCCCUCAACUCCUCGUUGCCUUUUUCCAGGGGGCUCUCGACACGUGGAUUCGAUUUUCUGCCGAGUUCGCAGCUGGCGGAGCAAUUGAUAAGUCAUCCCCUUCCCAACGACAGAUGGCUCACAUGAAAACUACCAAUGAUGACAAUGAGGGUGCCCUUGGUACUAUCCGCACAUCCCUCCGCCGUGCCCCGCACAUGUCAUUAUCACAUUUCAAUUCUCGUUUCAUGUACAAGAAGAAUCAAACGAACACGUACAUUGAAAAUGUUCUGGACGUUAGUUCACGCCAGAAACUCCGCAAAAAGGCUCGUGAAAGGGACGAGAGUGGCGAGGAGCGUAAACGGCGGUUCGCGCAGGUCGAGUAUGAUAAAGAGGUGGUGCGGCAGCACCGGGAGCAAGAUUUCAAGAAACGAGCACGCCGUGAUGCUGCAGGAGCAAAACUUGAUGCGGUCAUCCCACGUCUCACACUUGAAGAUAUCACAAAGCUUCGCACCCCAGAGAUCGACCUGCAAAUUCGUUGGCAUCGUCGAUUUGACCCUGCAGUACCGGCAGCCAAACACAUACCAACCACGAAACAGAAGAAGGUGGAAGUGCUGCUGGAGGCCGUCGGACGGUAUUUGAGUGGUGAGGCAACCCCCGGUGGACAUCCAACGUCUUCGCAGCCGCAAGCGCUUGACAACAAUGCUGUUACAUCCCACUUGCUGGAACUAGGGGAUGGGGAGGACGAAGCUGAGGAUGAAUGA